GAGGGGGGGAGGCCGCGCGCAACGUGAAAGGAGAAAAUGCCUAAGCAGCGGCAAGAGUCUUUCAGCGUGGCUCAGGAGAUAGACAGCCUGGAGGAGAAGCUGUCCCAGUGCAGAGAGACCUUGGAAGAAGUGGAGUUUAAACUACGGAGAAAAGAACUGACUGUUGAGGAAAGAAAGUCACUGGAGAUGGAGAAAAACCUGCUAGCAGCCCAAGCUGAAAACUAUGAGAAAGAACUGAAAAUGCUUCGUCAGGCAAAUUGCAAGAAUGCAGCACUCUCAGUAGCCCUUGUGGUUUUGGUGGUGGUGAUUUACACCUGCUGGACAAUGUAGCAGAGUUUACGGACCCCUCCCUAAGGACUUGACUGCAGGAGCCUCUUGUGUUCUUCCUCAGCCUCUCUCCAGGGGCUCACUGGUCUCUCAACACUCUGACCGUUCGUGGCCUAGACCCUGGACACCUUUGGAAAUGAAUAAAGCAACAGCAGGUUUGGAGACAAGGCUCACGUUUGACGGAAGCCCUUCAGUCCAAAGAGAGUAAUUUGAAUGAGCUUCUGUGGGUGGUGGUGAAGUAUAAAUGUUUAGAUAAAUUAACUAAAUAAAUAAGGGAAUUUUCCAUUUUCCCUAAUCUUAAAUGACCACCUGUGCACAAUCAGCUUCUCAACUAUUAAUGGGUCGGAACUUUCACCAGUAGCUAUAAUUAUUGAUUUUAAAUGUUUAUACUGUGCUU